AUGGAGAAGCGCCGCCGCAUCACGGGCACGGCUGCCACCAUCCCGGACGACCUGCUGGUCUCCGACGUCCUCGUCCACCUCCCCGCCAAGUCCCUCGCACUUUGCAGGUGCGUGUGCCGCUCCUGGCGCGCCGGGAUCGCCGGCGCCGCCUUCGUCCGCCGCCACCUCGAGCUGUCCCGCUCCCGCACGGAGCAGCACCCCUCCGUGCUCGCCAUCCCUCGCCGGACCGUCCCUGACAACGACCGCGCCACGUGCCAGGAGAUCAGCUUCCACCGUCUCCUCCUGCCGCCGUCAGGACGACGGGCACGGGCUCCUCCGGGGAUCGUCCACGCCGAGCUCGUCCUGGAGAAGGCGUGGCCCGAGGGCAUCACGCGCCUCAUCGCCCCCACGCACUGCGACGGCCUGGUCGCCAUCGCCACGGUCUCGGACAGGGUGUUCGUCUGCAACCCGGCCACCGGGGAGUUCGCCGCGCUGCCGCUCGGCAGCCACAACGCCGAGCUGGAUCACUGCGAGGAUUUCGUCCCGCAGGUGGCCCUCGGUUUCGACCGGUGGCGCAACCGCUACGUCGUCGCCAGGUACUUCUACCGGACGUACGGCGGCGGCCAGGACGACGUCGGCCACGAGGUGUUCGCUCUCGGGGCCGGCGGCGACUCAUGGGAGCUCACCCAGGACCCGCCGCACGCCGUGGGAGUCCAGAGGCCGAUGUGCACGCGGCGGGCCUUCUACUGGCACGCCAACGAGCCGGAGCCGCGGCUGAUGCGGUUCGGCCUGCGGGACAGGGCGUUCGCCGUGGUGCGGCGCCCUCCCACCGGCUGGAACUCCGGCGACGACAUGGCGGAGCUGCAGGACGGGAACAAGCUCUGCUACGUGCACGCCGCCGCGGAGGCGUCGUUCCAGGUCUGGCUGGCCGACGACGACGACGAGCUGCGGUGGUCGCUGCGCUGCCGCAUCGACCUCCUCGAUCCGAACCCCGGCGUCCACUACAACUUGAUGCCGGUGACCGCCCUCGACGGGGACACACUGGUGGCCCACGCCGGCGGCACGCUGUGGAAGUACGACAUGGGUAACCAAGGUGCGGAGGAAGCGGUGGUGGAGAUGCACAACGUGAUGUACGAGCAUCGCGACGGAUCCAAGUUUUAUCUGCCCCUGUCGUUCCGAUCCGAACACCACAUCGUGCCUUACAUUGAGAGUUUGGUCUCAAUCGCUUAG